GGCGGGAGGGUGAGCGGGAAGCCAGCCGGAAGGGGAGGGGGCGGUGGCCCUUUACGGUGUGGGGGACAGUCUGAUUGAGCUUGACCAUGGAUCUAGGCAGACGCGUGGGGCAGUGGCAAGAUGGAAAUGGAACUCGUCUCGGGUCCAACCAUGUUCCAGUUUCAGAUGGUCGGUUUGGCAAUUGCGAUGUUGACGCUGUUGCUCGAGGGAAGGGAGGGGAAACGAGUGGGUCGUCUUCCUCGGGGAAAGUGUCUCUCCAUGAAUACGCACCAUCAUCAGACAGUAUAGGGGUGCCGAAGAAUCCUUUGCCGAUUCCCGCGCCCCCAACCAAUCCCCUUGUCACCCCGCUUUUAACGGACAUCUACCAGAUAACCAUGGCGUACGCAUAUUGGAAGUCGGGAAAAGCAGAAGACCAUGCUGUAUUCGAUCUGUUGCACCGGAAAAAUCCAUUCAGUGGAGAGUUUACUGUGUUUGCUGGAUUGGAGGAGUGCAUCCGUUUCAUUGCGAAUUUCAAAUUCAGGGAUGAGGAAAUUCAAGAAGCAGUCUUCAAAGCAAAUCCAGAGUUCGAUCGAGUGAAGGUUGCGUGGCUAAAGGAGAGAACCAUGGUAGCGGCGUUCAGGGAUGCGGCAAAAGAUCUCCCUGGCAAGCUGAAGGCAGAUCUGAUCCGAUCCGAGCAUAUGAAAACGGCUGAGAGAUCCAGAGCAGCCAGGGGAGAGGGCUUAGUGAAGGGCCAUUUGUACCUGGACUUAGAGAUGACCAAAGGGGUCGUCCUGGGGCUUGCGACAUCGGGGACCAGCCACGUCAUUAGCAGGGCCUUGCGUUAUUUGCAGGACGAGAUUGUCGCAUUCCUGGCAGACGACGGACGAGACCCGUUGACUCUGUUUCAUGGGCGACCACCCCUGAUCGUCAUUGUAGAUCUUCAUAUAGGCCGGGACGGGUUUUUUUCCCACUCCGGGUCUUACUUGAGGACGGUCGUACCCCUAUUUGUUGUAGACACGGUUUUCGGAGGAGUCAGAGGCUUGGCUGAGGCCUACUUCGCGUUCCGAGAGCUUGAGCUCUUCGCUAGAGGGAGCCUCGACCUUGACCACAUAUACUAUUCUCUCGUGACUGCAGGACCGCGCUGGGGAGACGAGAGGGUUCAGCUCAUGGAGCUGAUCCGCUCCAUGGGGGACGAUUACCGGCGGGGUGCUCCCCAACCCUCGUACAUUUGGGAUUGGCUGGACCGCGAGCUCAGGGCAGGGCCGAAGUUCGUCACUUGCAUUGGUAGGCUCUUCUCGGAGGACUGGGGAAGCUGGUGGAGCGACGACGCCGAACGACCUCUGAUUUACGACUACCAGCUAGUCCAGUACUAUCGGGCGAUCAGACUUCACCCAUAUCGCCUAGAGGACGAGCCGGACGGCGAGGGGUGGAUUAGAGACGAUGACGAGGAGGCCUGGGAGCCUGACUGGUUCGACUCUAAGAGCGAGGACGACUUGGAGCUGAUGACUCAGGGUGAGGAUGAGAGUGUUCAAGCUUUUGGGAGGCGUUUCCUGAAGAUAUUCGACGCCCUGAUUGCCAAAGGGAAGCUGUCGGAGGUCGAGAGAUGCACGAUCUUCAUCGGUCGACUGCCCAAAGGGAAGCAGAAGGGGGUAUUGAGAGAGAUGUUUGACAACAAGUUAGAUUUUGCCACGGUACUCAAGUUGGCGAUGAAGGUUGAGGCCGAUGAUUAUAAGGAUUUAGUCUGGAGAGGAAUGCAGCAUAGGGACUUCUCCCUCUAUCGGGAGUACGAGGCGGAUAGAUGCCCCGACUUUAACGAUCAGCCUUGGGCAGAGCGUCGAUAUUUGAUGGACAGGAACAGACCACAACUACCAAGGGACAGAGAGACGGUGAUAGACGAGGUGAGAGAGAUGAGAGAGAUGAUGAAGGGAAUGGUCAGGCAGAUGGCCAAUAUCGAGACGAAGAUGGGAGUUACUGCUUAUCGGGACAAGCCUGGGUCCCCCUAUUCGUUGCGAUGGGACCGUAGGAACACCGACCCGUGGAGGAGCAUCGAGGAUAGGAGUCCUCGCACGCUAGCAGACUAUUGCGCGAGAGAGAGGGACGACGAUGCUUGGCGACAUAGAGAUGACGAGAUUGACAGAGACCGCCGAGGUGAAGGGUAUCGCAGAAUAAACACUUUCGGUCGAGGAGGAAGACUGGAACAGUAUCCGCGCAGUCUCGGAUAUGGAGGGAACACUAAAGGAUACCGGAGUCCAGGCAAUUUUAAUUUGAGGGACAGAGAUGACUCCCGCGCCAGAUGGGAGUCAGACAGGGACCGCCGUGAUGGAUAUGGUGGUGGAUACGAGAGGACAGAGCGAGGUGGAGGUCGACGGGAAAACCCACACGGGCAGUAUGAUCAAGGAGGAUAUCCUGCGUCGCCUGGGUACCCAAAGUCUCCAAACUAUCCCAAGUCCCAGACCCGUCUACCCAAGAUGGCGGAUGAUCACGUGAAGAGGGAUUGUCCUGACCUCAGGCGGGCAAUAGAUGAAGGGCUUGUCGUACUUGAUGAUCGCAAGUACGUCAAGUGGGCACAUGACCUCGGCGAUGUGUCGAUGUUCCCUUCGAUGAAGGAAAACGUUGAAGCCAGGCGGGUACGACCAAGUAAGGGUAAAGAGGUGGCAAGGAGCCAGAGUGUGCGAUUGAGUUUGCGUUCUGAUGACAGGGCGUCAGCGACACCUAUACGGGUAGCGGCGACCAAGUCCGCGAGGGCGUCUUCCUGUAAGAAGACUGACACAGAUUAUGUGAUGGCAGAGAAGGAUGGGCAGAGGAUUGCAGGAGAGGAAGUUAUACUUUCGCCGCGCAAGUGCGGGGCCCGAAAGUUUACUAUGACGAGCACCUUGGAUGAUAUCGAUACAGUGGAGCCUUUCAGACGCGCGCUUAGGCAACCAAUGCAGUGCACGAUACUUGAAUACUUGGCGGCUUCGAGACCCGCGCAAGAUGAGUUACAGAUGAUCACGCGCAAGACGUGCAUUCCUCUGGGAGACGAAGUCCAGAUGACUUUCAAACCAGAGGUACCCUCGGUGGCGGUAUCGGGAGUGUGCGCAAAGGCAGAACGCGCAGUGACAAUGUAUUUGGAUGGGAUGGAGGGCGUGCCCCCUGACAAGUUUUACAUUCUAGGGAGUGGGACAGUAGUCCUCCAUGCGGUGAUUGACAAUGGCCGGGAAACUGUCAUCAUGGAUGAGGAGUUCGCCGUGCGAUUAAGGCUGGACCUCGACAGGUCUUACCUGUUCGAGAUAGAGACAGCCGAUGGAAGAAAGCAGAAGAUCUUUGGGGUCUGUUACAAGGCGGCCAUUGAGGUCAAAGGGAUGUCCCCUGCUGAGCUUGAGGAGCUCAGAAGACAGCUUGAGACCCUGACUAGCAAGGGCUGGAUCAGACCCAACACAUAUGAAUUCGGUGCACCUGUUCUCUUUGUGCCCAAAGGGAAUGGCGAGUUCAGAAUGUGCAUUGACUACAGGGGUCUCAACAAGAUCACUAGGAAGAGUACAAAGCCACUUCCUAGGAUCGAUGACCUUCUGGAUAUGGUGCAGGGCUGCACAAUGUUCAGCAAAGUCGAUCUCAAAUCUGGCUACCACCAGAUUGAGAUGGUAGAGGAGGAUGUCUACAAGACAACCUUCAAGACCAGGUAUGGGACCUACGAGUUCCUGGUCAUGCCAUUUGGACUUUGCAAUGCCCCAGGCACCUUCCAGACAGAGAUGCACCGCAUUUUCAGGCCUUACCUGGACAAGUUUAUGGUUGUCUACCUGGAUGAUAUCCUGGUAUUCAACAAAAAUGUCAGGGAACAUGCAGAGCAUUUGGCUUUGUUUCUUCAGUCAUUACGCGACAGCCAGUACAAGAUCAAUAGAGAGAAAUCCUCUUUUGGAGUUCCCUCCGUCAUCUCCCUGGGUCAUGUAAUCUUUGGAGAUGGCCUGGCUCCUGAAGCAGCCAAGAUUGCUGCUAUUCAGGAGUGGCCUCAGCCACAGACAGUGAGGGAUGUCCGGUCCUUCAUGGGUCUAGCCUCAUACUACAGAAAGUUUGUCAGGAACUUUUGUGCAGUGGUUGCACCCCUGACCAACCUAACAAAGAAAGAUACUCCCUUUCUUUGGUCCCUCCACUGUCAGUUGGCCUUCACACGACUCAAGAAGGCCUUGACUCGUGCGCCAGUGUUGAUGUUACCUGACCCCACUCUGCCAUUUAUCCUGACCACUGACGCUAGUCAGUAUGGCAUUGGGGCAGUUCUUCAGCAGGAUGAUGGGAAUGGUGUACGGCCUGUAGAGUUUAUGAGUAAGAAGAUCAAAACUCAAAAGCUCCAGGACUGUACCUACGAGAAAGAGCUGUAUGCUCUUGUCUGUGCCCUAAAACAUUGGAAGCACUUUCUCCUGGGAAGGCACUUCAAGAUCUUUUCAGAUCACUCCACCCUGCAGUGGAUGAAGUCCCAGGGAGAGUUGAAUGAUAAGUUGGCACGGUAUAUUCAGUUCAUUGACAUGUUUGACUUUGAACUGAAGCAUAAGAAGGGUUGCUACAACAAGGUAGUAGAUGCCCUCUGUCGUAGGCCUGACUCUUUUGCGUUGAUCUCCUCUACUCACUCCUUUGGAGAGGAGACCCGUCAGACCAUUGCUCGUCUACUGCCUCAAGAUGAGACUUUCAGACCCAUUGUCAGGAAUCUGCAAGCAGAUCCUAACUCGGAACCACGCUAUGCUCUGAGUUCAGACCUGCUGUACACUUACAGCAGAGUCAAGGCUGCCCAGCUACAGGCUGACGAAGCGGCAGCAGCAGAGAAGCUGCGGCUACAGGCCGAAGCAGACGCAGAUGCCCAGGCUUGCCGCAAGGAAGCCCAGGAUCUGCUGCUGCGUUAUGAAACCAACAGCAUCGAGAGACUCAAGUACUGGCAUUUUGAACCGAACGGCGACGAGGCAAUACCGGAAGAGCAGCACAAGGAUGCCACACCGGCACUGGACGCGCGUGUACUGGACUUGGAACAGGCUGUACCAGGACCAGAAGCUGGAGCUUCCAGCAGUGCAUCCUCUAGCCGCCAACUGGAGGAAUGCGUUGACCACGUAGUGGCAAUGCUAGGAGACAUAAGUGCCUUCACAGAGCCGUCCACCAUCAGCCAGCGGUUCGAGUUGCUGGACACUAAGAUCAGUCAGCAACAGCAGACUGACCGCAGCCACAACAACAGCUCGGCGAGGCCAUACAAGAUGCCGACGUUCCGGAUCGAGAAAUUUGAUGACUACACACAUCAAGACCCGGUCGUCUGGUGGCAAGGAUUUACAACGGAGUUGGGGAUUCACGAAGUCCCUGACCAUCUGUUCAUCAAUGCUCUGUUCAUAUACACCAAGGAAGGUUGUCAGAUCUGGCUCAGCCACAUGGCAACCAUCCACGGCGUCCAGGUUUCAGACCUGUACAAGGUGGUCUCCUGGGAAGAUAUGGUUUGGGUCUCCGCGGAAGAGUUUGCACUGGAACAGGAUGUUUCAUGCAAACUGCUUCCCAAGUGGUUUGGACCUUGGUUUGUGACAGCAGCCGCGGGCGAUGAGCCCGAUGGCCCUUCAUUUGUGAUCAACAUUCCAGAGCAUCUGACGGUCUAUCCGGUCUUCCACGCCUCAAAGCUGGCAACAUACACGCCAGCCAAGAGCGACGACUUUCCGGACCGACGAUCGCAGGACCCUCUUUCUAUGGAUGGUCAUCAGGAAGUUGACCGCGUCAUCUCCGAUCGCAAGUACGGCAGCAAGCCGCGACAGUACAAAGUCACAUUCAAAGCAUGCGAUCGCGACGACACUCGGUGGAUUUCAGGCGCAGAUUUGAAAUCAUCCGCACCGCUGAUCUACGUGCAUUAUGAAAAGCGGAGGUUAGCUCAGGAAGCUUCACGACCAGCUCUUCCCACUCGGACUGUGGUCCCUCCCUCAGACAGACAGCUUCGACCUCGCGGGUUCAAGGAGACGGGGCGGGACCAUCCCAAGGGCAAGGAGCAAGUGGAGGAAUGCCACAACAGGCCCCACCGCUGCAAGGUAACCAAGGGCAAUUUCAGGGACAAAGGCACGGUCAAGGGCAUGGUAAGGGCAGAAAUGGAGGUAGAGGAAAUGGCAAUGGAGGGAGAGGAUUCGGAGGAAGAGGAAAUGGUGGAUAAGGUGGAAAUUGGGGAAAUCAAGGAGGAGAAAGAGGAUCCUUUUGUUUGGGUAGAAAAAGUUGACGAACUAAGUGACCAACUAAAGAAAGGAGUGAAGAUUAGUGAGGAAGGAGAGAAUACGCCACUGGUUGACCUCCAGUCAGAUGAAGAUAAUGUAGUCAGAGAGUCGGCAAGGGAAACCCUGGGAAGGGUGGAAGACAUGAUAGAUAAGAUGGACAAAUUAAAUGUAAAGAUGUCUGAUAUCUGCGAGGAGGUGAGGAACCUAGAAAUGAAAAUGCCGCAUGUAUUCACGAUGGGUCAGUGGAAAGAAGAUGAUGGACCAAGGGCUCCUAACCCUAGAGCUUUGAGGGUCACGCUGGCUGCUGGGCCAGAAGCCGCUUAUCAGGCACUAAGGAACUUUGUUCCUGAUACCUCGCGGAGACCUAAAGGAGGAAAUGCGCCAAAGGAAACAGCACAAGCUCCGGUACCACCUCAAGAGGGAGCCUCUAUUGAGAUAGAGGAAGAGGAAGAAGAGGAACAGGAUGAGUUACCUAAGGAGGAAGAAGACAAACAAGCUGAGUUGAAGGCUAAGAAACGAAAGAUUGAUGCUAAAGGAGGAAAGGAAACAGUUAGGGAGAAAUCAAAGAAAAAAUGGAAGUACCAGACAUCGAUUGAAGAAGGGGUUGAUCUCGAGAACCUGGUCAAUAAGCUUAUUGAGGGACAUAAUGAAUUGGGAGGAGGCAGGACGACUCGAGGAGGCACCGACGGGAUCCUCGAGCCACCGACUCCACCAGGGUGCUCGACUGAGAAUCAGAGCUUAACCGGAUCUGCUGCAGGUCCAGACCCCGCUGCUGCUGCUGCAGCGGCAAGUGGCAGUGCAGGGCAUUAUGGAACUGUUGCAGCCCCGAAUCCGGACCCAGCAAUCGCUAGUCCUAGUUGCAGCUUUCCUUACAUGGAUAGAAAGGCGACACAAAUUUCGUCUAAAUACGACGGAAAGGACGAUAUUGAAUCCUGGAUCAGCUCUAUGCGAUCCUACUUUGAUGUGUUGGGGACACUCCCAGUUACUCAGUCGUCGGUCCUAGGGACCAAUGUGGAACCCGCCAUAAGGGGUUUCUUAGAAAUCCAAGCUAUGCAAGUAGGCUAUAAAAGAAUAGGCCUGAACAAAUGGCUGAAGGCUACGCCUGUAGCGACACUCGAGGAACUCUUGAUCAAACAGUAUGAUGAUCCACAUGCUGCAGCCAAAGCUAGACUUCAGCUUGACAAGCUCAAGCACAACAAUUGGACCGGCACCAUGCAUAGUCUGCAGCAGUACGUUAGUAAAUUUUUUGCUACUCCUGAUUUGGAGAUGACUGCGCAGUCUUGCUUGGAUGUGAUUAAAGUGUCUCUGAUGAAGACUCUGACAGGAAUCACAGGGAAAGGCAAGCUGACAGUCAAUCCUCCACCAAGUGGAGUAAUCAAUGCUGAUCAGGGAUCCUUUGGCCUGACGGAAGGAGGCUUGAGUGGGUACAUGAUGGAUGUCAGGUUUACCAGCGAGUUGUGGAAGGCUGCUGCUGCACAGCAGGGCACUCAGUUGCAAAUGACUUCUGGAAAUCACCCCGAGGCCAAUGGCCAGGCCGAGCAACUGAGCCGCGCUGUUGGGGAUAGAGUCUGGGUUAAGUCCUCAGAACUGGGACAGGAGUACGGGAUAUCCCGCAAAUUCAUGCCUCAGUACUUUGGACCUUGGGAAGUCUUGGACAUCGUCGGAACAGAUCCGGAUGGGCCAUCAUAUGUUAUCCGGAUUCCUGGUCAUCUUCGUACUUACCCUGUCUUUCACCCUUCCAAGCUGGCACCUUUCAAAGAAACUGAUCAGUUCCCAUCUCGUCGCUCAAUGCUGCCCCCAACCAUGGACGGAGAGGUGGACAUUGAUGAUAUUGUGGAUCACCGAGAGCUGCCGGUAUCAAGACCAGCAGGCAGGGGACGUCCUCCAAAACCGAAGCUGCAGUACCGCGUUCGGUUCCGGCAUCAGACUGAUCCGAAGGAGGACCGAUGGUUCACCAGGGAGGAACUCAUGGAGACCGCUCCUCAAGUUGUUACCCAGCUGCUUGAGACUACUCUUUUGACGCUGGUCAAUUAUGCAUCCCUUGUUGCCACCAAUGCUGCUCGAUACCGGCUUGUAGCAGGCGAAGACAAAGUGCUGCUUGAGUUUGGCCUUCGCCGUGCACAGGGUCCUGAUGGUGGAUUGAGCGCAUCUCGCUAUAGUCAUCUCGGAGGAUUUGAUGGCACAAGUAAUGUUGAAGCAGGCAAAAUGUUCAAGAUACCAGUCAAAGGAACACAUGCACAUUCAUUUGUCAGCUCGUUUUUGAGCUUUGCAGAUUUGCCAACAAGGACACUGAAGAAAUCAGAUGGCGCAGGGAUAUGUGAAGACUUUGCAGCUCUUGCACAACAAUGGCUUGGGAAACUAAAGGUUCGGGAGUUCGCAAGGGAGUUAGUGGUACAGGUGGGAUCCGAGGUGAAGGCCCGCCUAGACAGCACAAAGCGUUAUUGCACAGGCGCCAUAGAGGGCGCCAAGUUGGCCGCACCCAAGGAGGAAGCGGCGCGUCCCCGUAGAGAGCCUGUGAAGGUCAAGUUCCCCGACUCCUACAAUGGAAAGAGGGAGGAAAACUUUGACAACUGGGAAGCCAACAUUAAAACGUAUGUGCACUUGCAGAACGUCGCUCCCGACGAACACUUCCUGAUAGCUAUUCACGCCCUUAAGGAGGAAUCGGCAAGCUUCGCCCGUUCCCUGUGUCGCGCUGCCAACUGCAAUGAUGAUUUGGUGGCCUAUUCCGCGUUCACUCCCCUCAAUGACUUUCUUAAGUUGCUGAGAGAACGGUUUGCAGACGUCACCCGUAGUGUCAAAGCGUCAGAUAAGCUACAAACCAUCAAUUCCCGUCAGUGGAGGAGUGCCAGGGCACUCAAAGGUGUGAUGGACGAAUUGGUCGUCGUUCCUGAUCAUGGGGUCACUGCGACCCAAUUGGUCAACCUCUUUUACCACGCUAUGCCCGAACCGUUACGCGGGCAUUUCUUUGAAAAGAGCCAGCAACCUACCAUGACCUACGAUGCACUUAGCAGGGAAGUGGUAGCGUUUGAAGCACGGUCCGCGUCAGUAUCCACUUUCUGGCACAAGGACCUGGAUAAGGGUAAAAAGUGGAAAGGUCGUACCAUCUCAGGUCAAGUCAAGACCAAGGAUCAUCUGAUCCUUACAUUAGAUGAGGGUGGUAUGGACCAAGUCCCUUACGAUCAGAUAGAGUGGGGACUGGAGGAGGAGGAGAACAAUGGCGCCACUCAGGGGAGGACUUACGUUGUUGUCGCGACCGGAGGGAGGCCGCAAGGAAGAGGAGGAGGCCAACAGUUCUACAGCAGUGGGAAGAGUACUGCCCCCUUCGAGGCCGAGCAGGCCCGGAUUGCCGUCCUUCUGAGAGAGAAAAAGGAGAAGAAAGAGCUCCUGAAGCAGGCAAAGUUAAAGGCCAUUGCAGAGGAGCAGGCGGCGAAGAAGAAGAGAUUGGAGGAGGAGAUGCUGAGAUUCCAAAAGGAGAAGAUGAUGUUGCUAGAGAGAGAGGAAGAGGAAAGAAGAAGGGCUGUAGAGGAAGAAGCAGCAGCAGAGGAGGAGGAAGAAGAAGAAGAAGAGCCCCUUGAAAGAAGACGUGGAGAGGAGAGUGAUUUGGUCUGGGUCAAGUCUAAAGAGUUUGCGCCUGAGGAGAACAUCUCGCAGAAGUUACUGCCCGCGUAUAGAGGACCGUGGCCAGUUCUAGAACUCGCUGCAAUCGAGGCUGAGGAACAACGCCAGCUGGCAGUCAAGGCUGCCCAGCUACAGGUUGAAGAAGAGGCAACACCAGAGAAGCUGCGGCUACAGGCCGAAGCAGACGUAGAUGCCCAGGCUCGCCGCAAGGAAGCCCAGGAUCUGCUGCAGCGGCAUGAAGCCAGCAACAUCGACAGACUCAAGUUCUGGCACUUUGAACCGAAUGGCGACGAACCAACACCGGAAGAAAAGCAUAAGGAGUUCAUGGCCAAGCUCGUGACCAGUGGCACAGAGCCGGCCACCAUCAGCCAGCGGUUCGAGUUGCUGGACACUAAGAUCAGUCAGCAACAGCCGACCGACCACAGCCACAACAACAGCUCGGCAAGGCCAUACAAGAUGCCGACGUUCCGGAUCGAGAAAUUUGAUGAUUACACGCAUCAAGACCCGGUCGUCUGGUGGCAAGGAUUUACAACAGAGUUGGGGAUCCACGAGGUCCCUAACCAUCUGUUCAUCAGUGCUCUAUUCAUCAACACCAAGGGAGGAUGUCAGAUCUGGCUCAGCCACAUGGCAACCAUCCACRGCRUCCAGGUUUCMGACCUGCAUAAGAAGGUCACCUGGGAGGAUAUGGCAAAGGAAUGGAAGAAGCGGUUCAUAGUGGAUGACGCAYCCGCGCUCGCSAUCAACYRCAUCUUCGCGAUGGCUCAAGGGAGCACACCGACACGUGACUGGCUCAMGGAUUGGCAGAAGAUCGUKGCCACGCCCGAUCUGGACUUGCCAUUUCCRCAUCUGCGCCGUGAGUUCUACAACAGGUCAUGCGCCGCUCUGAGCCUCGCACUUGGUGAUCGCGAGCAGUACCACACUUUCGCAGAGAUCAUCAACAAGGCGAGAGAGAUCAUCAAGACCAACAGGUCAGCUGCACACGAGAAAUCAACAUGGCAGCCGACCUAUGUGGAGAAGGCACGAACUGGUCCGCGACAGCAGCACUUCGCUGCAGUCCACCAGGACAGUGGAGAUAACCGAGCAGCCACUCCAGCAUCAAGUGACGGAGAUCAGGUGGCUGCUGUCCAGCCGCGAAGCAACAACAAGUCCCGCAACAAUGGGAAGGCGAAGUCCGUAUCGCAGUCCAGAAAUGGACAGCCAGUACAAGUUCCAUGGGUCAAGUUCGGCUUAACCGAGGCGGAGUACAAAGUCCGUGGCCGCUACGGCAGCUGCUAUUGGUGCAACAGCACCAAGCACAAGACCUCCCUGUGCCAGGAUCAGGGCAAGGAGGAUGUGCGACCCUGCCUCAGCUCGGGAAACUAAGCUCCGCGGAAGUGUGGACUCUGUCUCCUCUCCCCUUGUCUUGUGCAUGUAUGGGCAUGUCUGAGAUACUCUGUGUGUGAGUGGCGAGGAAAUCGUCAGACAACCAAGUUCAUAACAAAUAUAUGCACAGAAA